AUGACUCCUAUUGCGAAUGAGGCAGCAUCGCCUGUCCCAGAUGACAGUAUCCGUGAGGAGAAUACUACAGAACAACCGGGACAAGGAAUGGAAAAUGCGGAAACACCGGAAGACUUCGAAUUGAGACCGCUAGAUGCAUCUGCUGGACCAACAGUCCGGUCUGUAACAGGCUCACAGAAAGCCCGAAGCAACCUGAAAGUCGCAGCGAUCAUGCUGGCCCUCUCGCUGGGUUUGUUCCUCUCAGCUCUGGACCAAACCAUCGUGGCCACCGCGACACCCACAAUCUCUGCAGAAUUGCACUCCGGAUCGGGUUAUGUCUGGAUUGGAGGAGCCUAUCUUCUCGCCAAUGCGGCCAGUUCCAAUAUCUGGGCGAAUCUGUCCGACAUCUGGGGACGAAAACCGAUUCUUUUGUCGGCCGUUGCCCUGUUCUUCUUGUCGUCCAUUGUCUGUGGCUGGGCGAUUGACAUGCCCAUGUUGAUUGCUGGUCGUGGUGUACAGGGAAUUGCGGGUGGGGGUCUCCUACAGCUGACUACCAUUGUCAUCUCAGACCUCUUUAGCGUCAGACACCGCAGCCUGUUCCUCGGGCUUAUCGAAUUCAUCUGGGCUAUUGCGGGAGCCAUUGGGCCCCUCGUGGGUGGUUCCCUCACACAAUCCGUCACCUGGAGAUGGAUCUUCUGGAUCAACCUACCGACCAGUGGCGUCGCAUUCGUCCUCAUGUUCUUCUUCCUGGACGUACAUAACCCCGAAACUUCCGUUCUGGAUGGGAUCAAGGCGGUGGACUGGUAUGGUAGCCUAUCUAUACUCGGGCUGACGAUAAUGCUUCUUCUUGGACUGGACUUUGGAGGAGCUACAUUCCCCUGGGACUCCGCCAAAGUGAUCUGUCUGAUCAUCUUCGGAUGUCUGAUGUCGCUCGUCUUUAUCUUUUGCGAAAAACGGCUGGCUAAGUAUCCACUGAUGCCGAUGGGUAUUUUCCGAGGCUGGUCCAACAUCGGCUGUUUUCUGGUGGGCUUCACCCAUGGCUUUGCUUUCCUCGGGGCGGAAUACUACCUCCCCCUCUACUUCCAGUCAGCCAAGGCAGCCAGUCCGUUCCAUUCCGGUCUCUUGAUUCUGCCGUAUGUCCUCUCGGAAGCCGGGCUCAGUCUCCUGGCCGGAGUCUUCAUCCACCGCACCGGUCGUUAUCUGGAGGUGAUCUGGAUCGGCACGGCCCUGGUUGUCUGUGGAUUUGGGCUGUUUAUCAACUACGAUGCUACGUCUACGACCGGCAAGAUAAUCGGGUACCAAAUAGUGGCAGGAAUGGGAUGUGGGCUGUUGUUCUUCCCUCCGCUGUUGGCGCUCCAGAACAACGUCCCCCAGAGUGAGACGGCCACCGCAACGGCUACGUUCUGCUUCAUCCGCAACGUCGCAAUGGCCAUGUCAGUCGUCAUUGGUGGUGUCAUCUUCCAGAACAGUAUGGACGUGCAGCAGCCCAAGCUGAUUUCGGCGGGUCUCUCGUCCUCGACAACCGAGGAGCUUGCCGGCGCGGAAGCCGCAGCCAACGUGGGGAUCGUCAACACCCUUGCAGACGCCAACCAGCGGCGUGUAGUGGAGGAUGCCUACGCCUGGAGUAUGCGCAACAUCUGGAUUCUGUAUACUUGUCUGGCGGCAUGCGGGUUCAUUGCCAGUUGGUUCAUCACGCGGCAACAACUGCGGAAGGAACAUGUUGAGACGCAGACGGGGCUCAAGGAGAAACCGCCUGUGUCGUAUUCGGAGGAAAGCGGCGUUGGGGUGGUAUAA